AGUCUGACGAGUGAGAAUGGAAGGCAAAUCGUACCAAAGGCUCCCGCGCGUCAAAAUCUUCGAAAUGCGUGACGACUACGUGAAGUUUGAGCUCCGCGACACUGACGCCAGCAUCGCCAACGCACUUCGCCGCGUCAUGAUUGCCGAGGUCCCCACCGUCGCCAUCACCCUCGUCGAGAUCGAGAUUAACUCCUCCGUACUCAACGACGAGUUCAUCGGCCCAACCACGACCCUUUCAUCCGAGCCAUCAGACUCCGUAGUUCCUGCACCCGCCACAAAGGGCAACCAUAAACUCACUGAUGCCAUUCUCCCUGAGUCGAAAAACUGGAAAGAAGAAGGCAUAGUGACCCCGGUUAAAGAUCAAGGUCACCGUGGAUCUUGCUGGACAUUCAGCACCACUGGAGCUCUCGAGGCAGCGUAUGUGCAGACAUUUGGAAAGCAAAUCUCCCUCUCCGAGCAGCAGCUUGUGGAUUGUGCUGGAGAUUUCAACAACAACGGCUGCAAUGGUGGGCUGCCAUCUCAAGCAUUUGAGUACAUUAAGUAUAACGGGGGUCUUGACACUGAGGCUGCGUAUCCCUACGUUGGAGUAGACGGUGCUUGCAAAUUUUCGUCGGAAAAUGUUGGCGUCCAUGUCGUCGACUCUGUCAAUAUCACCCUGGGUGCUGAAGAAGAAUUGAAGCAUGCCGUUGCAUUUGUGCGACCGGUCAGCGUGGCGUUUCAGGUCGUCCAAAGUUUUCGGUUCUACAAGUCGGGAGUUUACACCAGUGACACAUGCGGCAGCAGUUCCAUGGAUGUGAACCAUGCAGUUCUUGCAGUUGGGUACGGAGUGGAAGACGGCGUCCUGUUCUGGCUCGUCAAGAACUCUUGGGGACAAAGCUGGGGGGGACGUCGGGUACCGUAGCCGCACCAGCUCAGG